AUGGAUUUACACUCCGGAUAUAACAACGUCAGAGUCAAAGAUGGUGACCAAUGGAAGGGCGUGUUUAAGACAAACCGCGGACUUUUCGAACCUAUGGUCAUGUUCUUUGGACUUUGCAACUCCCCGGUGACUUUCCAAAUGAUGAUGAAUGCACUCUUCGAGGACAUGAUCGAUGAAGGAUGGAUACUCAUUUACAUGGAUGAUAUCCUCAUCUUUUCGAACAAUUUGGAAGAACAUCACGUUCGAACCUGA